GGGCGGCGCGCGGGGCAUUGUGGGGCCGCGGCGGGCGCAGGUGAGCGGCGGCGGCGAUGCCGGAGCCCGGCGGCAGGCUCGGCGGCCCCAUGGCGGCGGCGGGCGGUGGGGAGCCGGCGGGGCGCCCGGGGCCCGACGCCCUGGUGGUGGGCGCCCGGCAGGUGGUGCAGGGGCUGGAGGCGCUGCGGGCCGAGAGCCGGGAGCUGCUGCGGGCGCUGGAGCCGGCGGCACCCCGCGACGCCCCGCAGCCGCUGGCCGAGAAGCGGGAGCUGGCGCGGCGCUCGCUCGCCGGCAUCGAGCUGGGCCUCGCCGAGGCGGAGCUGCUGCUGGGGCUGUGGGCGCACGUCGGGGCGCUGGAGGCCGAGCGGCAGCGGCUGCGGGCCCAGGCCACCCGCCUGGCCCAGGAGAACCUGUGGCUGCAGGAGGAGCUGGCGGGUGCCCGGGCCCGGCUCGGGCGCAGCCAGGAGGCCGUCGCCCGGCUCCAGGAGGACACCCGGCGCCUGGAGCUCGCCGGCCGCCCCCCGCGCCCCUCGACGCCCCGCGACGCCGACCGCAAGGACAGCCUGGCCUCGCUCUUCGGCCUCGACGAGGAUGAGCAGGAUGAAGGUCCCCCGGCCUCGGCGGUGGCGGAGGCAGCACCCAGCGGCUACGAGAUCCCGGCGCGGCUGCGCACGCUGCACAACCUGGUGAUCCAGUACGCGGCGCAGGGCCGCUACGAGGUGGCCGUGCCCCUCUGCAAGCAGGCGCUGGAGGACCUGGAGAAGAGCUCGGGCCACCGCCACCCCGACGUGGCCACCUUGCUCAACAUCCUCGCCCUGGUGUACAGGGACCAGAACAAGUACAAGGAGGCCACGGACCUGCUCAACGACGCCCUGGGCAUCCGGGAGCAGACGCUGGGCGCCGAGCACCCGGCUGUGGCGGCGACGCUGAACAACCUGGCGGUGCUGUACGGCAAGCGGGGCCGCUUCCGGGAGGCCGAGCCGCUGUGCAAGCGGGCGCUGGAGAUCCGCGAGAAGGUGCUGGGUGCCGAGCACCCCGACGUGGCGAAGCAGCUCAACAACCUGGCGCUGCUGUGCCAGAACCAGGGCAAGUUCGGCGAGGUGGAGGGCUACUACGGGCGGGCGCUGCGCAUCUACGAGCGGCGCCUGGGCCCCCGCGACCCCACCGUGGCCAAGACCAAGACCAACCUGGCCUCCUCCUACCUCAAGCAGGGCAAGUACAAGGAGGCCGAGGAGCUCUACAAGGAGAUCCUGAGCUCGCACGAGCUGGGUGCCCGGGGUGACUCCGGCCAGGCCAGCGCGGCCCCUCCGAGCAGGGGUGCCCUGCAGCGGAGCAGCUCCUUCUCCAAGCUGCGGGAAUCCAUCCGGCGCGGGAGCGAGAAGCUGGUGUCGCGGCUGCGAGGGGAGGGCGCCCGCGGCGCUGCCCCCAAACCGGGGCUCAAGCGCGCCCGCUCCCUCAACGUGCUGCCCGUGGGCGAGCGGCCGGCGGCUCCGGUCCCCGAGCGGCCCCGGCCCGAGCGCCGCACCCUCAGCGCCAGCACCCAGGACCUGGCACGCGACGCCUGAGCCGAAGCCCGCGCGGAGCCGCGUCCGUCCGUCCGCCCGCGGAGAUCCGUGUUUGUCGCGUUUAGAGGCUGUAGCAGGGAGCCGGGCGUCGCGGCAGGGAAUAAAGCGCAGAGACGCA